CUCUGGGAGAGCUUGCGUUUACGUGCGCACUAUUAUGACGUCGGCCCAGCAAAUCACAAGACUGUAGAACCCAGAGGCUGUUGGUCGAUUUUAUUUGUGUGUGAUUGGAAGCGUGUUGGCAAGAUGUUGCUCACCGGAGGCUCUGUUUCUACGAAAUCUACUAAAACCUAAAAAAAAAAAAACAACACACUACAAUUUCAGCCGUAGUUGGAUACAUUCUUUCGGCUUUUUUAACAUUUGUAUUUUCUCAUACUGAGUCUCGUGCGCUUGAUUCGGGGGCCAGAAGUAUCAUAAACGAAUGGUGGAAUAAUAGUCUCAAAAAGUAGAAACGGCCGGUCGAGAGUGAAGGGCUCGGAAGGUAGAGACGGGCUUUCGCUCUUGGGUAAUGUUAUCCGUACUGUCUUAUGGCAGACUGGUUGCGAGGGCUGUCCUUGGCGGACUCUCUCAAACUGAUGGUCGGGACUACAGUCUUGUCACAGCUAGUUACGGUUUUGGGAAAGACUUUCGCAAAGGGAUCUUGAAGAAAGGGAUGUGCUACGGGGAUGACGCUUGUUUCAUUGCCCGGCAUAAGUCCGCCGAUGUAUUGGGUGUGGCAGACGGAGUGGGUGGAUGGAGGGACUAUGGGGUAGAUCCAUCCCAGUUCUCCGCCACCCUGAUGAGGACGUGUGAGCGGCUGGUGAAGGAGGGCCGAUUCACUCCCAGCAGCCCUGUGGGCAUCCUGACAUCAGGCUACUACGAGCUCCUACAGAACAAAGUUCCCCUGCUUGGGAGCAGCACUGCCUGCAUUGUGGUCCUGGACCGACAGAGCCACCAGUUGCACACAUGUAAUCUAGGGGACUCUGGUUUCCUGGUGGUGCGAGGAGGUGAAGUGGUGCACCGCUCGGACGAACAGCAGCACUACUUCAACACGCCUUUCCAGCUCUCCAUCGCUCCGCCAGGGGCGGAGGGGGUGGUGCUCAGUGACAGCCCUGAGGCCGCAGACAGCUCCUCCUUUGACGUCCAGCUGGGCGACAUCAUCCUGACCGCCUCGGAUGGCCUCUUUGACAACAUGCCCGACUACAUGAUCCUGCAGGAGCUGAAGAAGCUCAAGAGCACCAACUACGACAGUAUCCAGCAAACAGCGCAGAGCAUCGCAAAGCAGGCCCACGAACUGGCCUAUGACCCCAACUACAUGUCCCCCUUCGCUCAGUUUGCCUGUGACAAUGGUCUGAAUGUAAGAGGGGGAAAACCCGAUGACAUCACGGUGCUGCUGUCCAUUGUGGCAGAGUACACAGACUGAGUAUGUGAUGAUCGUUGGAACGGUUUACUUCCCAUCGCAGUCUUCCGCCUGCCUCCAGCUCAGACGUGCCGCUUCCUCGCGGAUGGACUGUGGAGGCACGCCCCCUUCCCUACCUCCCCUCACAGCAAAGACCUGUCGCCCUCUCUUCAGCGCAGAGUCGGCCUCAAUCUAAAACCCAUUUAGCUCUGUGUUAGUGACGGCAGACAGGCAGAGACCUUCUCAUGGUGAUUGGGGUGCAGGCAGAUCACACAUCCCAUUCUGCCAUUUCUUACAUUGUCAUCACCUCAUCGACGCAGGAGAGUUUUUCUUUUGCCCAGAACAAGCGUGUGUGCGUGUGCGUGUGCAUGUGCGCGUGUGAUUAUGGCGUUACCGAGGUUCCAAUAGCUUGUGAUCAAAAUGGUUGUCACGGUCUUGGAUUUGUAGGAAGGGGUAGCUGGUCAGUACUGCUUACUAGUUCAAUUAGCAGAGAUCCUAGAUCUCUAGAGGGCUCUGAGUGAGCACAUCCUUAUGGGUCUGUAAAUAUAUUGUGCUUUGUGACAAGGCAGUGUUUUCACCCAAGCAUUCAUGCUUUGCAUUUACAAUAUAUAAAGGUUUGAACCUAAAGUAAAUAUUCUCAAUUCCUAACUUCCAUUAGUCGAGGAAAGAAAAUGUUUUUGUGUGUCAGUCUGUCGUCGAAUGUCUUUGCUGUGGAUAGCAUCUGGGAACGCUUUCAAAAUAAACUAUAGGUCAGGUAUGAUUUAUUAAACAAAGUUUUAUUUUUUUAACUUAAUGUUAUUAGUUUGUGAGCCCGAUGUCACAGCUGAAAUGAACAUGUGGAUUCACUGUGUGAUUCUUCUUUGAAGCUUUAUUUUUCUCAGUGGAUAGCAAAAAUCAUCUUUAGUCUUUGUGUGUUGGAUUUUUUCCCCUGUAGACUCUGUGCAUGCGUGCACAUUAUUUCAUAACUGCUAGAAGUUCAUCAACCUGGUCUUGGCUUGGCAUGCAGUUUGUUCUGCUACAUAACUGCAGAAUGCAGACCCUCUUCAAUGUUAGCCAACGUUUGCUCUUUAGUGAGGCCCAUGCACCAAACCAAAGACGAGUGCUUGCUACCUUUUCCCCUUCAUUUGAAGAAAAUACCAAUACUAUAACAAAAUGUCUCUGUAUUUAAACAUUUAGAUCAUCAGUUUGAUAGGUAAAAUGUCACUUUGUAGGUAACAGUCAGAAAACCCUUAAGGUACCUAUUUGAGGCUAUAAUUCAGUGUGACCAAAUGUUGGUUGGUUUGUAUUUGUGACUCAGAUUGUAUGUGAUUGGUAGUCCGUGAGAAGCAAACCGCAGAAGGUUUUUGAAUCCUUAAAGAAACCAAAGAAGGAAAGCCAUAACUUACCAAGCGUGACCAGGGUGCAGUUUAACCCUGCAGACAGUCAAGUCAGGAUAGCACAGCUGAGACCACUAUUGUCUCUGUAUUGAUCAUAUUGCUACAUUUUGUAAUCGUGCAUGGAUGCUCAAAGAUUACAAUUACAGUUGUGUAGUCAAUAUUAUUUCAAUUGGGUAUACUUGAUGUAUACAUUUUAUAAGAAUAAUUUUUUCUGUUUGUUUCUCCAUGACAAGCUGCAUUUGUUCCAGCUGUUCCUACCACUGGAAGUUGUUUACCUGCGAAGGUGCCCCUCUCACUCACGAGCUUACUGUGCCUCCAAAUGUCUGUCUGGUCAGCUCCUUCAUUUCUAAAGGUUUAUCUUUAAACACUUAGACAUACACUACUUUCAUUUUACCAAGUCAACAUUGGUCAUUAGCAUAUUUCCAAUUUUUGACACUGAUUGGAUUUUGUCCAGGUAGACAUGUUUUGCACCAUGUGACAGUUGGUGGCAUUGAUUUUGGAACUGGGCUGCCUCCUGAGCCCAAUUCUGGGUCCUGCUCAAAGCCCAUGGCGAAGUCGCCUUAGAACAAAUGUGACAGUUAAUUUUUUUGGAGCAAUUAUUCUUCAUUUUAACAUGUAAUUGCUUUUUCUUUGAUAAAACAUUUCUGGGGGGUUUUGUAGAAUUUGUUUAGAUUCAAAAAAAGGGUUCCUUCACAUUCUAAUCUGAAUUUAAUGUUAGUGUUUGCAUGUUUCUGGACUGUGUGCCAUUCAUCCCUGUCAAAACCAUGAACACUGUUUGAUUUGAGAAGAGCCCUUUUGCCCAUUAAUGUCUCGGUCCAGAAUACCCUGGUCCACCAUGGCUGGACUAAAUAGAACUCCCUCAUUGACAGAGCACUAUUUGUUCAUUACUUGCCCACUAGAUUAGAUGAUCUGAUAUUAAGUCAAAGCCAUCAUCUUGGGUUAAAUGGCGUUAUUGCAUACGCUGAAGAAGGGCAGACAGGUUGGAGUGCUGUUUAUUGAUAAUGGUGAGCACCUAUUCCGCCUUAAUAAAUACUGUACAUCUGUACCAUCGUAUCAAGAGGCCUUGUGUGGUAAUGCAAGCUUGUUUGGACUUGUAUGUUGCUCAGUGUUCUGUGUCAGUGAAGUCCCUCUGCUUGCUUUCUGUCCAUUGUUACAUGACACUUUCGAUGGUGCUUCUGCAGUCAAGAUGUUUGGUUUGUUGUUCUUUAAGCAAGCAAUGUUUGUGAGUAUGAAAGGUACACUUGUGAGCAUAAAGUGUAAUUAUGCAGGACUAGUUUCUGUAAAUAUGUUUUCAAAGUUGUAAAAUAUUUAAAUAAAGAAUAUAGUAUUUAUACAAAACAUA